AAAAUUUUAUAAUUUAAUAAACUUUCACUUCUCACAAACUUCGAGGUUCGUUGCACUUGCAUCAUCUUCAUCCCAAAUCACAAUCAUAAAAAGUAAAAACCGCAGGAACCCUAAUUUCAAAAUUAAACCGCUGCAACAAAAUUUCAUCAUCUUAUGAUCUAACUUCAAUUCGUUAUUCGUCGAUUCAUCAUUAUUUCAGUACUCCCGGAAAUUCCAUUAAACCUCUAAUCUCCAUUUUCUCUCUCCUCAAAUUUCUUGUAUUUCCCAUACAUUUGGGAAUUCAUAAAGGUAUGCUCAUGUCUUUUCUUUUCAAUUAAAGGCCGAAUACCCUUUUUUGUUGCCAUAUUAUUAUAUGGGGCGUUUCGCCCAUGGUUCUAGGAAUGAAACGCGUUUUUAGAAGAUUGUGUUUUAGUUUAACUUUACUCUUGUUUUUUAUAGUUUGGAAAUAAAUCAAGGGUCUAGUGAUUUUUUGUGUGAUUUAACUAUGUUGUGACGUUGUUUAGUGUUUGGCUUAGUUUGCUAUGUUUGUUUGUGAGUGAUGGAACUCUAAGUUUGUAUAGGUAGGAAAUUUUUGCCCAUAAACUUGGAUAAAUUUUGUGGGUAUUGUGGGUUUGUGGAAUUCGUCAUAGUGUUGGAACAUGAGGACUCUUUCGGACGGUUUGGUUCGUAAAAGAUCACUUAGGAGGAAAGUAAGUACGAAAAACUAUGAUGAGAAUUUGAUGGAUGAGUACAUAGAAAAGCAUUUAGGCGGUCCAUUGAAGAAAAGGAACCGUACGAAGGAGGAUUUGGAGAAAGAAACUGAAACAGAGGCUAUGAUAGCUUUAUCACUCGGUUUUCCUAUCGAUGCUUUGCUUGAUGAGGAGAUUAGGGCGGGUGUUGUUGAGGAUUUAGGCGGAAAAGAACAGAAUGACUACAUUGUUGUAAGGAAUCAUAUCCUUGCAAGGUGGAGAGACAAUGUUCGAGUGUGGUUGUCCAAGGGGCAGAUAAGGGAAACUGUUAGCAGUGAGUUUGAGCAUUUGAUAUCCGCUGCUUACGAUUUUCUUUUGUACAAUGGUUACAUCAAUUUUGGUGUUUCAUCGGCUUUUACUUCUCAUAUUCCAGAGGAGGCAUCUGAGGUAUCAGUUGUUAUUAUUGGGGCAGGACUUUCAGGUCUUGCUGCUGCAAGGCAGUUGUUGUCGUUUGGUUUUAAGGUUGUUGUUCUCGAAGGUAGAGACCGUCCUGGGGGAAGAGUGUAUACUCAGAAGAUGGGCAAAAAGGGUCAGCUUGCUGCAAUUGAGUUAGGUGGAAGUGUUAUAACUGGCAUUCAUGCCAACCCUUUGGGGGUCUUGGCUAGGCAACUAUCAAUACCAUUGCAUAAGGUGAGAGAUAAAUGUCCUUUGUACAAGCCCGGUGGAACGCUAGUUGAUCAAGCGAUAGAUUCCAGAGUUGAGUUUACUUUUAAUCGCUUGCUGGAUAAAGUAACUGAGCUUAGAAAAAUUAUGGGUGGAUUUGCGAAUGAUAUUACUCUUGGUUCUGUGUUGGAUACCCUUCGAGAGCUUUAUUCAGUUGCCAAAAGUGAUGAUGAGAGUCAACUUCUUGAUUGGCAUUAUGCGAACUUGGAAUAUGCAAAUGCGGGAUGUUUAUCAGAGCUCUCAGCUGCCUACUGGGAUCAGGAUGAUCCGUAUGAGAUGGGAGGUGAUCAUUGUUUUCUUGCGGGUGGGAAUUGGAGGCUGAUUAAAGCCUUGUGUGAAGAAGUUCCUAUAUUGUAUGGGAAGACUGUUCACACUAUUAGAUAUGGAAAUGAUGGUGUUGAGGUGAUAGCCGGGGACCAAGUGUUUCAAGCAGAUAUUGCCUUGUGUACUGUGCCUCUCGGGGUACUAAAGCGAAAAACAAUAAAAUUCGAACCCGAGUUGCCUGAAAGUAAGCUUGAGGCUAUUAAUCGGCUGGGUUUUGGGUUGCUUAAUAAAGUUGCUAUGGUUUUCCCUCAUGUAUUUUGGGGGGAUGAUCUAGACACAUUUGGCUGUCUUAGAAAUCAUACACAUGAUCGAGGGGAGUUUUUUCUGUUCUACAGUUACCAUACUGUAUCUGGUGGUGCAGUACUUGUAGCCUUGGUAGCAGGAGAAGCUGCCCAGGAUUUUGAAUGCAUUGACCCAGCCAUUCUACUGCAUCGAGUUCUGACUCUGCUCAGAGGUAUUGUUAACAGCUUUAGUUUGAAGAGGCAUGAUUUGUACCUUAUUUCUUUUCCAGGAAAACUUAUCAUGCUACCCUUUGUUUGUGGCAGCUCACACAAAACAUUUCGUUAUUUUUAACUUUAUAAUGUUGGCUGAACUACACUUAUGUUGUUUGCUUAACAACAUUAUCCGUACUACAAUCAGAAUUUAGGUCUUACAGUUCAUUAAUCAGGAAAAUAUCAUCGGUUUCGGUAAUUUUCAUAAUAUUAAUUUGCUUUGAAGAUAAACAAAAAUCUGAAUUGUUUGGUUUUUCACAUGUUACCAUGUUAUUGCAAUGUUUCUACCUGAAGAAGAAAUUAUCAAAACUUGAAUAGAACAAUAGGAAUAUUGUGUAUUCAUAAUUGACUGAUUGUAGAUAUCAAGAUCUCAGUGCAAUUCGUAUGAUUGUACUAUCAUAUGAUCCAAAGAGUGGUGAACUUUUUAAGUUUUAACUCUUCUCGUGAUCAUUUUUUUGUGGGUUUUGAAUAGGAUCUAUAGGAUUAACUAUUAGAUAAUUGGAUACCAUACAAAAAGAUUUUGGGAAAUUUCCUCAGGGAUGGUGUAAUUUUCAAAUUACCCCAAAUUUGGGGAAUUCUUCAGAUACUCCCUAAGGUUUAUGUUUUGGUCUAAUAUACCCUUAUUAAUGACGGCAAGUUCACAUACAUUAGUUUUUCUCUUUCUCUCUCUCCCAACCCCCUCCAUUAAUUAACCUCCAAGCUUUUUCUCUCCCCUCACCUCCAUGCU